AUGGGUUCGCCGAUUUCGGGCUUCAUCGCCGAGGCGGUCCUGCAACGGUUAGAGUCGCUGGUCUGCCAACAUCACAAACCGACGUUCUGGGCCCGGUAUGUGGAUGAUACCUUCGUCGUUAUCGAUCGGGAUCAAUUGCUGACAUUCAAGGAACGUCUGAAUGCGGUCUUCCCGGACAUACAAUUUACGAUGGAGGAGGAAGAGAACAACCAGCUGGCCUUCCUGGAUGUCCUCGUAUGCCGCAAGGUUUGUGGUGGACUAAAGACCAAAGUGUUCAGGAAAGCGACAAAUACGAUGCAAGUACUGAACUUCAACAGCAACCACCCAAUCAGUCACAAACGCAGUUGUGUAAGGACGCUCUAUCGGCGUGUCGAAACACACUGCAGUGAGCCCGAAGACAAGAUUGCUGAACUACAAUACCUCCGACGGGUAUUCAAAGCCAAUGGCUACCCGAGCAACUUUGUCAACCGGUGCAUACGCAAAAUGGACGAAAGGCCUAACCGCAGGGACACCAAAGUUUGGCGAGCGCUUCCAUAUGUCAAGAACGUUUCGGAAGCUGUUGGCCGCCUUCUCGCACCGCUGGGGAUUGGAGUUGCACACAGGCCAGAGGCAACCAUCAGGCGUCAACUGAUGAAACCAGAAGAACCACUGCCACGGCAAGAAACGUCUGGAGUCGUUUAUCGGAUCUGGUGCAGUUGCGGACAAAGCAACUACGUCGGAGAAACCGGAAGACAGCUCCGAACGCGAAUGGCCGAACACGCUGCAGCAGUGCGGAGAAAUGACGCCAGCUCUCAAGUUGCGGCUCAUUCGACGGGUUCCGGCCACACAUUCAAAUUUGACGAGGCCGAAAUUCUCGCAAGAGGUGACAACCGCGUGAGCCGGGAGCUGCUUGAGUCAUGGUUCACUGGCCCCCAGUCUAUUAACAAGUGCAAUGAUCUUCCCAUUCAAUACAGCGUGCUGAGACUUCGUCUAGGCGGAGAAAUUGGCCACGCGGGGAGCGCCCUGAUGAACACUACUGGCCCCCAGUCUAUUAACAAGUGCAAUGAUCUUCCCAUUCAAUACAGCGUGCUGAGACUUCGUCUAGGCGGAGAAAUUGGCCACGCGGGGAGCGCCCUGAUGAACACUCUUCCCAACACCCGGGUCAGCGCGUCAGAUGGUCGAGCAAUCAUCACACCAUCCAACGCACGUGAUGAAAUUGCAGCAAUUAACGACGCGAAUAUCGACCAUCACGCCACGUGCAACGAUCCCUGA